UAGAGGGACCUCCGGCGAUACGGACCACCCCUCGGUGGUUUGCCAGUGGUUCAGUCAGCGCUUCGCACCGGCGUCGCUCCUCUGCUCCACGGUGAUUCGUCUCGGUCAACCUCGUGUGGAUAAUCGCGUGGCCGAUGUCGCGAGAUCAAUGAGAGCCAGUGGGGUACUGAACGAAAAAGAAGUCGAAAGGUCGAGAGUAUCGUGUUCUGAAUAAAGUGGAUCCCGAAAGUUGAGCUCGUCGGAAGCUCGGAACCGUCGAUGUCGCCUCGUCUCGGUGGUGCUCGAGGAAACGUGAAGUCGUAGUAUCUCCGUCAGGGAAGUGACAGACCUCGUGAAGGAGACAGCGAACGCGCAACGAGGACCUGAACGGGUCCUUGAGCCCAAGAACGGUGCAUGUCUCAGACCCUGCUCCCCAGCUUUUCGUCCUCCGAAGCUCUGCCUACGUCUCUGAGCUGGAGGCGUGCAGUCGACUUCUGUGCUGCGUGCAGAGGCUCCGCAGAAGCGGAAGUGCAGGGGAAGACGUCGAGCAGCGGCUCAACAGGGGUCGAAGGGGCGCACAGGCGGGCCCCGAGCUGGAGGGCCCCUCAGGCUCGGAGGAUGGCAUCCUCCCUAUACCCGUCAGCCCUAGUCCUGCAUCCACGUCCUCGCAGGAAGAUGCCUGCAAGCCGCCGCCGCGAAAUUGCUAUCGUCUCGUUAUGCUCGGUAGCGCGCGGGUCGGGAAAACCGCCAUUGUAGCACGAUUUUUGUCCAACAAAUUCGAUGAAAGUUAUACACCGACCAUCGAGGACUUCCACCGAAAACUGUACAGGAUUAGAGGAGAGGUCCAUCAGCUUGACGUUCUUGACACGAGCGGGAACCAUCCGUUUCCCGCUAUGCGACGAUUAUCCUUCUUAACAGGAGACCUCUUCGUGGUGGUGUUCAGUUUGGAUUGUCGGGAGUCCUUCGAGGAGGCCAUCAGGUUGCGAGAAUCGAUCCUGGAGACUAAAGUGAGCGCAACCCAGAGCGCUACGAAAAGCAGGAGCAAGAUCAAUUUGAAGGUUCCCAUGGUCAUCGUGGGAAAUAAAUCUGAUAAGGACGUAAAAACAGUUCAGAUAGAGGAAGCUGAAGAGUACUGCAAUAGUCAAGACGAUUGUUGCAUUUUCGUGGAGGCUUCCGCGAAGAGGAACUUUCACGUGGAGGAGCUUUUUUACCAACUUUUCGUAGUAGCGGGCUUACCCUUGGAAAUGGCACCGAAUCAUCACAGAAAGGUUCCCCUCACCUUUGGCUCCCCGACUAUGUUACCACCAUCGCAGCCGAAGCACAAAGCCACUCUGAGCAUAAAGCGUCGGCUGAGCGACGCCUGCGGCGUCGUGGCGCCCAAUGUGCGACGGCCCAGCAUAAGAACGGACCUGAUGAUCAUGAGGACGAAAACGUGUUCCCUCGCAGCUGGGGCGGAGAACAACACGCCAGGAUCGAGGAUCACCCUCAGAUCCGCCGAAGCCAGAAAGACGUGCUCCAUUCAGUGAUAUCUCUCAGAGGUCGUUCUGAGAUGAAUCUGAAUUUGAAAAAAAAAACAACGGAACUGGUUUCGUGGGCGAUCUUCGCUUUGACGCUUAUUAUCGCGCACAAAAGUCGUUAGGCGAGAAAUCAGUGUUUCUCGCCACGAUAUUCGUCGACGGCGGAAUGUUUGUACGAUGUUAAUUGUGAAAAUCUAUGGCAUUUAUACACAAAGUGUUUACCUAGUGGUGGAUACUUUACGGGGUGAUUCUACAGACCAAAAUUAAAAACAGAAAAAAAGGAUAUCACGAACAACGUAAUUGUGUUCGAGGAUUUGUGUCCGAGCUAUUAGUUGCUGUACGCUUAGGUAGGUAUGAACAUAUACGUAGUUACAAGUAUUUCUUAUUUAAGUAUGUUAAUAGAAAUAGAAAAGCCAACCCAAUAUUGUCAUUUCUGAUUUUCGUCUUAGUUUGACCUAUAGAAUCAGUCCCAGAAAUAGUUAGCGCUAAAUAAGACAAGAAGAUGAUCACAGAUCUAUGGCAGGGAUGGGCAAAAUUCACAUCUAGAAACGUCAGAAUUUUAAUUAUAAAAUGAACUAUUUAUAGAUAUUUUGCCCAUUCUAAUCAGGGGGGGAAACCAUUUGUCGUAGACGAAACGUUCUGUCGCAAAAAUGUUUAAAGUUUAGAGUGAAAGAGGUGAUACAUUGCGCGCUGUAUACGUUCGACCAAUUAAUCUUCCCUGAGAGGAAGUGCAAGAAAACGUGAAUUAAUGUUCAGUUUUUACGUUAUCCGUUGAAUGUCGCGGGUAACUGAAAUAACAUUGACGAGAAGUCGCAAGCGAAGAUCGUCGAAGAAUGAAAAAUGUUUUAAACCGACCACGCUGCUCGCCUUAAUUAAUUAAAGGAAUAGCUCUAGCAUAGCGUCCCGGAAGUAACGUGUACUACUAAAAUAAGAUAUAAUUGGGGAUCGAGUUGUUAAAUUAAUUAAUCGACGACGAUUAAAACGGGAAAAGUUCGGUGUAAUUAGCUGAAGCCAGAGAAACACCGUUUCCCCGAUGGUUUCUGGGGCUCUUGGUGAGCCGUCGGAACAGUCGACCGUUUGUACCCGAAGAUGAGAUAGUGUUACACAUUUCUUUUAAUUAAAUCUUCUCAGCAGAAGCACCGUUGACGUUCAAUUGUACCAAAGGAAACUUGACUCCAGCCAGAUAUCGCUAUUUUAUUAUCAAUCCUCCAUUACGUGAAUUUAAUUCUACCCGCCUUCGAUCAGCUCACCUCGUUAUCUGUACAAAUAUUGGAAUAAAAAUGACAUAGAACAGUUUUCGGUUUCGUAUUAAAAACCAGAUUAGUUUCGCUUAGUUUAGUUUCCAUUUAAAGUACGGAAAUCGAAGUCUUGUAUUUUAUUUUUGUUUUAAAUAUCGCUCAUUAUUCGAGGUGUAUAAAAUCGAUGUUUGAGAUCAGCACAGCUGUACGCUCUACGAUGGUCGCCAGAAUGGUCGACUGGUCGUGAAACUUCGAUUCUGUGUAAGCAUAAUCGUGUCCAGCCGAUACGAACCAAAUACCGUAUACAUGUAUAUAGUUAAUUUAUUCAUAUGGAACGGGAAAGUACGCCAUUGUUUCGACCAUAUAUGUACGAACAUCCGAUGCGUCCAUCGAUUAUCGCUAAGCUUCGAGUCAUGUCGAAUAUCGUCCGAAAUUGGGAGUUUCGGAAGCUUAUUUAAACUCGAAAAUUCAAAUUUCGUUUAGUAUUAAUUUGUAACGAGGAAUUAACAAUUGUAGCGUCAGCGCCAGGAAUAAAUAAUUUCAGCUUACGAGUGAUCGAGUGAAAAAUUAGGUAAAUAAUUUCUUCGUUUCGACUUUAGACAAUAAUAGACAUGAUGAAUUCGAUAAGCUACCGAGAAGCUGCUAAUUUUCGAACUAUAUUCGAUUCGUUCGGAGAAUAAGGCUGCUUCUGUGACAAACAGUAAGGGCUUCGAAUAGUGUUGUCGCAUCACCGCGCAUAUGUGCUAUUUAAGGUUAAGUAAUCGUUACUGUAAUAAUCAAAGCGCAUGGAAACAAUACGUACGAAAAACGAGCUCUUCUCGUAAAACCUCACCCCUAAUUUUCGGACCAAAAACGUUCCGUUUGUCUUGUAAUAAAUUGCGUAAACGAU